GAAACUUCAGUUUCAGAUGAGCCCAUAACGUUCAUAACAUUCAUAACGUUAGCGUACAUAUGUUGUGUUGAAUAGGCUCCGAAAAUGGUAAGUCGAAUCGCCCAUAACGACUUCAUUAUAGUCUCCCGUCAAUUGCUGAUCAAUCGAGCCGACACGGAUAAGGACAAACGGAGUGCCAAGAUGCUCAUUAUCUACAGCACUGGAAAGCAGCACAUCGUCACCUUCAAGCUGCCCAUCUAUGCGUUUACAGUGCAAAAGCUGUUUCUCAAGAUGAACCUUCAUAUGGAGGAUAACAUCACGAUUGAUUGCAUGGAGAAUGCCGGUGGUAUUAUCCAUUUGGUGGUCUCUGUGGGAUUCGCCAUCGGUGAUACCAUUGCCGAUACGAUUGCCAAGGCGGAGGAGUUCUACAAGAAGGAGCAUCAGUCCAGGUCGUCCGCUGAUGCCGCUCCUCGCAACGCGGUGCCCGUUGAAGAGCCACCAUCUCUUCCGGUUGUCAAGCCAUCGGUGGUCCCUGUGGGCUUCGCCAUCGGUGAUACCGUUGCCGAUACGAUUGCCCAUGCGGAGGAGUUCAACAAGAAGGUGCAUCAGUCAAAGGCGUCUGCUGGUGCCGCUCUUCCCAACGCGGUGCCCGUAGAAGUGCCACCAUCUCGUGCGGUUGUCAAGCCAUCGGAGACUUCGGUGGCCAACAAUGGUUGCCAGCCAGCUGCAAUUAAAGGCAAGAAGCACAAGAAAAGACAUUGCGCUCCGGGAGACACCAAUGCUAACAAAGCGAUAUCGUCGGCGAAUCAAGACGCCAAUACUUCCACCAAAACCAAGAAACAGAAAAAGUGUCAUUCUGCAGAGGACAGCAAUGGUUAUCAAGUUGCUGGUGCUCAAGACAACCCAGGUUCAUCUGGCAAUAAACAGGGAAAUCAAACCCCUACGGGUAACACCUCAAAUUCUCCAAAGAAGAGCAAUGGUCUCCAGGGCGUGCAACCAGCUGGAGAUGCUCUCGCAAGCUCCCAGUCAAUCCAGUCGAAGGACCAAGUCGCACAUGCCACUGUUAGCAAGAAAUCGGAAGAGACAGCUGGAGGAUCUCAAUCGCGGGUGCAACCGAAUGUUGCAUCCAUACCGGCACCAGCCGAGAAAGCAACUAGGGACACUAUACCCACACCUGCAGAACGCGCAGAGAAGAGUCGCCUGCGCCGGAACAGCAACUGGAUAAUAAGCAGGGACUUUGACGAUGAAGUCAUUGUGCUGUUGAGCAGCGAGGAUGAGGAGACCACCGCCGCCGACAAUGGCCAAACAGAGGGAAGACUCUCCGUCGACGAGAAUCCAACGCUUUUCACAUAUCCGCCCACCGGAACCGGUGGCCUGAGCAUCACCAUUAAGGACUAUAUGCGUCUCAAGGAAGGCUCAUUUCUGAACGACAUAAUCAUUGAUUUUUAUCUGCGCUGGCUAAAGAAUAACAUCAUACCAGAGGGUCAGCGCGAUAGGACGCACAUCUUUAGCACAUUUUUCCACAUGAGAUUGACCACAGAGACGAGUCCCAACAACACGAAGGAGCCGGUGGCCAAGAGGCGUCACGAAAGGGUAAAGAAGUGGACACGAACCGUGAAUAUAUUCGAGAAGGAUUUCAUCAUAAUACCAUUCAACGAGAACUCCCAUUGGAUACUGGCCAUCAUAUGUUUUCCAAACCUGAAGACCUCCGUGGUUAACCAUGAUGUACAGACACCCGGCGAAGACAUUCCAAUCAAACAGCCAUUGAUUCUCAUCUUCGAUUCGUUGGAGAGCAACUCACGCUAUCGACAUAUUGCCAUAUUGCAUGAUUACCUCAACUUCGAGUACAAGGCAAAGUAUCCGAAAGAGCGGGCGCGCAUCUUCAACUGGGAUAAUAUGCCCGGUCUCAUUGUGGAGGUGCCGCAACAGGAGAAUCUCACCGAUUGCGGCCUCUAUCUGCUGCAGUAUGCAGAGCAAUUCUUCACAAAACCCAUCGUUAACUAUAAGCUGCCCAUUAGGGAGCUGAUCGAUUGGUUUGACCUGCUCACAGUAACCAAGAAGCGCGAGGAUAUCGCCAAUCUCAUCCAGAAGCUGAUGAAUGAAGGCAAUCAGCAGGGCAUAACUUUGCCCGUCAUAAAGUUUCCCACACUGAAUGGCAUAAUGGUGAUGGAUGUGGAUGUUGAAAAGGAAUGUGACACGGAGGAAGAGAGUCAAACUAUAAACCAAUAUAGUUUUGAAACCAGAACACCGCCGAAAAGAAGGCAUACACUCAAGUAAACCACUUGUGAAGUGGCUGCUUCGGAAAAUUAUAUUUUCACACAGAAGAACUGAAGACGGCGACAACGCAAUGCACACACGUUUGGAAUACUAGGAGGAGCAAGUGACACGGAGGUGGGUUCACCAGAAUUAUACGUUUUUUCCCGAAAAUCAAGAAAACUUUCAUACACACACACGUCACCAAAAAGAGCAGUGCGGCCAACAAGACGAUAAAGACGCUACCUACCAGAGAGAGAGAAAGAGAGACACAGAUCAGGAUCACAGGAUGAGCAGGAUAAGCAGCAUGAGCAGGAUAAGCAGCAUGAGCAGGAUAAGCAGCAUGAGCAUGAUAAGCAGGAGCUGGAUGCCAGGAGGUGAAGAAUGGCCAAACAUCAAGAAAAAUUCUAAAUAUAUAGUCACCAAAUUAAUAGAAAAUAUUUUUUUUUGUAAAUAGCAAAAUAAACGGUCCAUAGGACCAAUAAAAAUAGG